UCAGGUUCAAAUCUGGGACAGUGCGGUUUCAGGAUGUGGUAUGUGUUUUGGACCACAAGCAACCAUGAGCAGGUGUUUAGAAACACAUCAACAGAGACACAGCAACAGACCUGUUACAAGGUGAUACAGAUGAGAAAAACAUGACAAAAGUCAAAGAUGCAAAAACUCUGAGCUAAGCUAAGUCACGUGUGAUACAAAUAAGAAACAAUACAAAAGAAGAAGACUGUGGGAUUCCCAGACUCAGAUAAAUGCUGAUCAUUUGGGCAUUAUACUAAUGGGCAGGGAACAGAUAGAAACACAAGGGAUUGUUGUUGUAAUCUCAAGAGAGAGCAAAAAGGGAAAAGAAAAACUGGAAAACCACGUUGGGCUGUAAGAGGAACUAAAUUUACAUUCACUUUCAUGCAUGCCGAAAGUGAAUGUAAAUGUGAACACUAAGGUGGUAUGUGGAGAGUGGCUCCAAAAGUUACACAAAUGUGUCUUUGAAGGAGAAAAAAUCUUGGGUAGGAGCCUGAAAUAUUCCAUUCACAUGUGAGAGUGAACAAAUUUAGCAAAAUUUCCCAUGUGUUAAUAGUUGCCUAUAUUUCUGGGAUUUGGUGGAUUUUCCUGAUACUGCCUAAGAGCAUAGUGUGUUAUGGAAGAUGUGAUUCUUUCUUAAAAUCAUAAAACCAUUUUUUAAAAUAAGAGUUCCUGUCGUUCACUGUAGAGAGGAGGCCAUUUUGGUUCAGGGACCCCGAUAGCUCAGCUGGUGUCAUUCGAGCCAUAAUGGAGCUUCACACUGUGAAACAAGCUCUGAAAGUGUCUGGCUGCUACAAUACCGGUUUGGCCGGUGGGGAAACUAGUGCACUGGUGCACACCCAUUACUGUGAAGAGAAGAAUGAAGGACUGAGAGGCUGAUGGAGGCUGGAGGUGGGAGGUGUUAGGAAGGAAGGGGGAAGGUAAACCUGGCUGUUGCUGCUUGGAAGGUCAGUGACAAAGAAAUAGUCGAUUAGACAGGUGAGUAAAAGAACGGUGAGAGGAGGAUAGAAGUGUUUAAUGUGGUGCCACCAUGUUCUAUCCAAUGCUCCGUGACUAAGUACAUCUGGAUGCAAAGAAACUCCACCCACCCACCAUCACCUCCACAUUCCGCUAUUUGCUGCUCAGAGUCCAAUGGCAAAUUAUGACCCGAACACACCCCCUCCUCCUUACUACUCUGUUGCUGUGCAUGCCCAGCCCCCUCUCAAGCCUUAUGAAGAGGUAGUGUAUGGCUCAGACCCAAGCUUGAAGCCCCCCACCCAGCCGAAGUUCAUCCCCCAGCAUCCACCACCCGUGGUUGUUCCCCAAGUCACACAGCCCAACGCAACCCGGAGUAGGAGAAAGAGAUGCUGCCAGGGUAAUGCACAGUGGUACAGCUGGGCAGGAGUAGCCUUACUGGUGCUGGCUCUGCUGGCUCUAGCCAUCUGGCUCGGAGUUCGAUAUGGCACGAAUUCGGGCUCAACAGUGACCUUCUAUCACGGUUAUGAUAAUACUGACAGCGACAGUGAGCCAUUCGAGCCAUUCGAAGAGUUUGACACCUGCCCCAACACUACUGUGCAAUGUGAUGGAAUAAGAGACUGCCAACUGGGCACUGAUGAAGCAAACUGUGUGCGGUUUGGUCUGGACAACAGUCUGCAGGUCAGGACGGCUAAAGAUGGUCGUUUCCUACCAGUCUGUUACAGAAACUGGACUCAGAGCUCAGCCAACCAGGUCUGCACUCAGCUAGGAUUCAAAGGCUCCUAUGCCACCAAAGCAAUUCAGUCCCAGGAGUCUACUGGUUUAACACUGACCAGUGGAUCGUCUUCCUCUAUCCAGGGCCAGGUAGAAGUCAGUACUUCCUGUCCAAACAAGGAGACUGUCUCCCUGCAGUGUGUUGAUUGUGGUCGGCAGCAGUCCACAGACCGGAUCAUUGGAGGCAGCGUAGCUAAGACUGGCCAGUGGCCUUGGCAGCUAUCGCUCCAGUUCAGAGGAUCCCAUAUCUGCGGAGGAGUCCUGAUCUCUUCUGAUUUUGUGGUCACCGCUGCCCACUGUUUCCCAGGCCCUGCAUACCUCUCUGCUAAGAACUGGAAGGUGUAUGGUGGAGCAGUGUCUCUGAACGAACUACCUCAGCCUUACCUGGUGGAGAAGAUCAUACUCAGCGAAAACUACAACAACAGAACUAAUGACCAAGAUGUUGCUCUGCUCAAAUUAACAUCUGCUGUUCAAUUUACUGAUAAAGUUCAGCCAGCCUGUUUGCCAGCUUUUAACCAGCGAUUUCGCCAUGGAACCAGCUGCUGGACCUCAGGUUUUGGUACCACUGUGCCAGGUUCAGCUACCGUCUCCAAUGAUCUGAUGGAAGUGUCUGUCAACAUCAUUGACAGCCAAGUGUGUAACAGCCCAAGAGUGUAUGGAGGCGCAGUGACCAGGAACAUGAUCUGUGCUGGGAUCCUGGAGGGAGGCAAAGACUCCUGUCAGGGCGACAGUGGCGGACCUCUGGUGUGUCAGGAAGACAGCCGUUGGUUUCUGGUGGGGAUCACCAGCUGGGGAGCCGGCUGUGGUGAGAGAAACAAGCCUGGUGUUUACACCAAAGUCACCAGUGUUCUGCCCUGGAUCUAUAGCAACAUGCAGCGUCCAUGAGAGGUUGUGAUGUCCACUGGUUGCCUGGUCUACUUCUCCCCUUUCCCCAAUGAACUACACACUAUGAAGCCAUAUGAGCGAGAUGAGCGGAUUUAUAGCAUGACAAAAUGCACAAGUUGAGCACAAUCACUGUUCCUGCAUGUGUAUUCAUCCUGUGUCACAUGGUAUGUUUCACAGUCCCAGAACCUGAUACUGAAACAAACUAAUCAAUGCACUGACUUAAGUCUUGCAUUCUUGAUUUUAUUUACUAUCACAUGGUGUCUCAGUUAUACAGUACACUGGCAACAUAUUCAGGUUUACCUUUCUGUUAAGCGGGCUUUAAAAGCAGUUGAGCUGUCUCUCACUGCAUCUGUUCUGUGCCAAUGAAAAAUGUCAACCAUGAUCUCUACACGGUUUGAUGCCUUAAAAAAUAAUGAUUAUAGAGUUGUGUUUUUUUCAUCAAGAGACACGUCUCGUUUUUUUUUUUUCAAUGUUGACCAUUGUUUACUAUAUUAAAAUGAAGGAAAAAAAGACACUUUAUGCAUUCACUUUGUGAAGAAAGAAAGCAACGUGACUCCAUACUGAGCUGGGACUCUGUGAACCUAAACCUUCCCUUGGACUCACACUGUGAAUUCAGAAAUUGUUUUUCUUGCAAUAUAUGUCAUUGUGAGUUUUCUCUGUUUCAUAUUUAUGUAUUUUCUGUGGGAUCACUGAGGAUUAUAAUAAAAUAAAGAUCAAAGAACAUCUCUUA